AUGGGCUUCAGUUCCGACGGUGCUGCCUUGAUGGUUGGCAAACAAAAUGGUGUUGCAUAUAGACUGAAAUCUGAUAGUCCAUAUAUGUUAGAUAUGCACUGCACAGCGCACAGAUUAGCACUCUCUAGUCUUGAUGCCGCAAAGUCCGUGAAAGAAGUGCGAUACUUUGAAAGCAUGUUACAUACACUGCAUACUUAUUUCAGUAGAUCUAGUAAAAGGCUUGAGCACUUGCGCGCUUGGCAGGAUGUUUUGGAAGACCCAAAGAUUAAGGUGUUGCCAGUUCAUCAAGUGAGAUGGCUUAGUUUUGCAAACUGUGUAACAAAUGUUCGAAGAACACUACUGUCACUCCUAAAAUCUCUGGAAAGUGACAUAGACGAUGACGUCAUGGCAUCGUCAUUAUUUAGUGCAAUGUCAGCAUACAAAUUUCUGUUUUUGACGCACUUUUUCAGUGACAUCAUGGCAGAUAUUGCUACUGUUUCAAGGCAAUUUCAAAAGCGUGAUAUAAGUUACGGAGACUUGAAACAAUCACUGUCCGCCAUUUGCGAUUCUAUAGAGCAGCAGUAUUUGGUCGAAAAUGCAAAUUAUGGUACGCAUUUACGUGAAUUCCUAGAUACUUACGAAAAUGCAGAGGAGUUUCACGGAAUUGAGAUAAAACGAUCUCAUAGAGAUGUUAGGUUACUUGUUGCAGUGUCUGAAUUCGCAGAUAUUCUCAGAAAUAGUCUGAUUGCAAGGUUUCCAAAGCUUGAUAUAUGGGAAGCGAUGUCGAUUUUUUGCCCAGACACGUUUCCAAAGUCAGUAAAAGAGAAGGCUAAUUUUGGUUUGAAAAAGUUGACAGUGCUGACUGAUCAUUUUGGCAGGCAAAGAGGAAGUUGUGCACCCCCUAUAAACGCAAACGAAGCAAAGAGGGAGUGGCCUCUUUUUAAAAACCACAUGUUUGCGCUAUCAGAGGGCAAUGAAAAUGCAGAGGAUAUCCUAACAGGUGCCUCUCUCGCCGAGAAAAUGAUCAGGUCAGGCAGGAUCAGAGAAGAGUUUCCACAAAUGAUCAAGCUCAUGACUAUCUGUAGAGUACUGCCAGUAAGUUCUGUGGAAUGUGAAAGAGGUUUUUCGGUACAAAACCUCAUCAAGACACGGACGAGAUGUAGCCUUAACAUCGAAUUAUUAGAUGAAUUAAUGCGUAUCUCAAUCAAUGGACCAAAACUGCAGGCAUUCAACCCACUGCCUAUAUAUCGCAUGUGGCGUGACAAAAAACAAAGACACAUUUUUGUAAACACACAAAAGCAGGACAAACUGGUGGAAAAAAUAUAG